AUGAAGAUGACCAGCCAGAAGUGGGACAGGAAAGAGGAGAAGAAGAGACUUAAAAACCCCAAAGUAGAAAAGGCGGAGAUUUUGCAAAAAACCGUCCAGUUUUUGAAGACCCAGCCCUUAUCAGAGACAAAGCAGACAGAAGAUGCCUUCCUGGAAAGGUACCACAGCGGCUACAGGAAAUGCCUGACCCAAGCUACCCACUUCCUCCGAGGCAGCCCGGGCAUUUGCCCGGGCAAAAAAGCUUAUUUGAUGGAACACAUUUGCCACUGCAUGGAGAAAAUCACGGCCACUCCCCGGAGGGAGAUCCACCAGGCUCCUCCGGCCCCUUCCAACCCAAGCUAUGAGUUGCCAGAGCGCUAUGGCAGCCCAGAGGUGUUUGCAGGGUGCAGCCCGCCUCUAGGGGGCGCCGCUUAUGUCCUGCACCCGCCUCCGACUAAUUACCCUGCCAGCCAAGGACUCUCGGGCCGAGUGGGCGGCCCACCCCUGCCGCAGGGCCGCGGUCGGUCCCCGCAGAAUAAAUUCUCGGAAACGCGGAAUUCCGCAAUCGCACAGACUCCGCAGGCGCUGAAUGUAUGGCGGCCGUGGCCCUGAAGGAUCCCAGCUCCCCUCCUUCUGCAGCUCCCUUGUAAAUGUAUAUUAAAAUCUCUAUAUAUUGUAUAUUAUGGGGUUUAACGGUGCCCAAAAAUUGAGGAUCUUCUUUCUUAGAGUGGUGGUGGAAUAUUUGUGUGCUUUGUUUGGUUUCCCUUCCUUUACCUCUUAACAAAAAGAGAUACGAGCUGUCUUUUUGUGAUUAUAAUUUUUUUUUUAAAAAAAAGCUUUUUAAAACAACAACAACCCACGAAAAACAUCUUGUCAUGAAACCAACUGAACUACAGACUAUAAACAUGGAAAUCCUUCAGGACAGAGAAACCUUGUCCAGCAAUGGGGUUUGUGGUGUGGAAUAUGGGUGUGGCGGGUAUAUUGUGCUGUCAUUAUGAGGUUUUUUUUCCCCCCUGUGGUUUUUGAAAAUGUUACAUAUGUAUUUUCUAGA